CGUCACUGAAACCAUCACAUCCCACCUACGCCUGGUCCUCAUCGGAUUCUACAGCGCCGUAUUCAUUCAGGGCCCUGAAACUUAUAUACUCACGAUCGCAUACACUAUUCAUGAGUUUCAUAGGUGGCGAUCGCAUUUCCUGGCCCGGUUGACGGCGUAUUACUUCGUUCUCGUUACUCCCCCCCCGAGAUCAACCCACUUACACGCUCGACGACUAUGGCGACCAAAGAUGAAGGCGCAGGACAGGCUUUCGGGCCAGUCCUAGCAGCGGUGGCUACGAUGCAGGGAAAUGCUUCGCGUACAGAGAAGACUCAUGCUCACGAAUUUCUUGAAAAGUUCCAGAAAUCGAUCGAAGCAUGGACAGUUACGCACGGGUUACUACAAUCACCAGACGUUCAGAUUGAGGCAAAGCUUUUCGCGGCGACGACGUUGAAGGGAAAGAUCACAUAUGAUUUGGACCAGUUGCCCGCGGAAUCAUUGCCUGCACUAAGAGACUCGAUCCUUGCUCUACUUACGGCUUAUGCAUCCGGGCCUAGGCCUAUACAAACGCAGUUAUGCGUGUGUCUCGCCAGUCUAGCCAUACAGAUGACAGGAUGGAAGGACGUCUUGAGCACGGUGGGCUCCGCUCUUGGAAGCACUGCUGGAGACUGUGUUCUGGAGUUCCUUAAGGUCUUGCCUGAGGAGGUGACAGAAGGACGCAAGAUCAAUCUUACUGAAGAGGAACUCUCAAACAGGACGAAGGAGCUAUUAGAGGACAAUGCCGAUCAGGUAUUGCACCUUCUCACGCAGUAUGCGCAAUCUUCUCCGUCCGCCGCGAUGAGUCCUCGCCUGCUCGACUGUAUUACAUCCUGGAUGCGCGAAAUCCCAGCCUCUAAGAUUGUUGACUCGCCUCUGAUGAAUGUUAUACUAAAGGCAUUGGACAAUGAGCCAUCGUUCGAGUCUGCCGUGGAAUGUAUUUGUACGAUAUACAGAGAUACGCGGGAGGUGGACGAUUCUUUACCCGUCAUACAAGCGGUAUAUCCUCGCAUAAUCGCCCUGCGUCCGAAGAUCCGCGAGGCCGCGGAAGCUGAGGAUGUGGAUACCUUGCGUGGAGUCACCAGGCUCUUUGCUGAAGCAGGCGAAGCCUGGGUUGUUUUGAUCGCCCGUCUUCCCGACGAGUUCCGUAGCCUUGUCGAGGCUGUCUUGGAGUGUUGCGCGAGAGACAAGGAACGCGAUGCUAUUUCACUCACAUUCAUCUUCUGGUACGAGCUUAAGCAAUACAUCACCCUGGAUCGUUAUGUGGCAGCACGCGACAAGUUUGCCGAUAUCUUCUCUCAGCUGGUUGAUAUCAUGAUCAAGCAUCUUGAGUUCCCAACCCCUGAUGGCGACGAAGAGGAUCUUUUCGAUGGUGACAGGGAGCAAGAAGAGAAGUUCCGGCAGUUCAGACACUCUAUGGGGGACGUUCUCAAGGAUUGCUGUGCAGUUAUCGGUGUGACAGAGUGCCUUGGGAAGUCGUAUCAGCUCAUCCAACAAUGGGUAUCCAAGUAUGCCUCUCAGGCAACAAACACUCACGUUCCUCACUGGCAAGAGCUUGAGGCCCCUCUUUUCAGUAUGAGAGCUAUGGGACGUAUGGUCGAUCCUGAAGAGAGUUCCGUCUUGCCACAAGUGAUACCUCUGAUUGUGCAGAUUCCGGACCAAGAAAAAGUCCGUUUCCAGGCAAUUAUGGCCCUGGGGAGGUACACAGAAUGGACCGCACAACACCCAGAGACACUCGAAGCACAACUGAAUUAUGUCAUCUCCGGUUUCCAACAUAGUUCGCCGGAGGUUGUUCAGGCCGCUGCUUUAGCUUUCAAGUUCCUGGGAACGGACUGCCAAAAGCUGCUUGGAGGACACAUUACACAACUGCACUCUUUCUAUGAGUCUGUGAUCGAUAAGCUUAAACCUGCGAGUCAGGAAGAAGUCACGGAGGGAGUAGCUGCCGUGGUUGCAGUCCAGCCAACUGAGAAAAUCUAUGAGACAAUGAAGCUCUUUUGUGACCCGAUCAUGGCUAGGAUCAUGAACCUUGCUAAUCACGCGAAGGAUGAGCAGGGCCAGAGAGCAGUUGCUGACCAUCUACAAUUAAUCACUAUUUUUGUCCAGGUAGUGUCUCCAUAUGUCGGACCCGGCCAAGAGAACCCUGCUGUGAAGUACUGCGGAGAAAUUCUUCCAGUGAUGAGCACGAUUGUGAUGAACUUCACUACAUCUACACCGAUCUUAGAACGUGUUUGUCGUUGCUGGCGGUACAUGAUCAUUUCAUACCGCACCGCCAUGAUACCACUUUUGCCAAGCUUGGCGCAGAGCCUUGCAUCUGGGUUCGAGCUAUCGAGAGAAGGCUGUUUUCUAUGGGCAACGGACGCCAUCAUCCGAGAAUUCGCUGAUGGUGCAGAAUACGUUGAUCUGCCGACUAGCGAAGCGGUUUAUCAAUUUUUCGAGCAGCAAGCUCUUGUAUUCUUACGGAUUCUUAAUGAACUCCCUCCACAGAAUCUGCCCGAUGUGAUCGAGGACUUCUUCCGGCUUGCUAGUGACGCUAUGCGGUUCUACCCUAAAAAAUGCGUGACUUCUCCUCUGGCAAUUCCUAUCUUCUCGGCUGCCCUGAGCGCACUCACUUUGCAGCAAGUUGAUCCUUUGAUCGCGACGUUACAUUACUACCGCGACUUGCUAAGCUUCGGCUUCGAGCACCCCUCGGUCUCUGAAUUCGCCGGGCCAAAUGGGGAACCAUAUUCUAAUCCCGUCGAGAUCCAAGCCGCUGUGAAACAGCUCGUCGCCUCUCAAGGCCAAUUACUUGUUCAGAGGAUCCUCACCGGGAUGAUGUUCACUUUCCCUGGAGACUGCUUCCCAGAUGCUUCUGGUGUCUUGAUGACGCUCUUUGAGAUGAUGCCCGCGGAAGCGGGAACAUGGGUGCAGUCCACUCUUCAGAUGCUUCCGCCCGGCUCAAUCAAGCCCGGUGAGUCCGAGAAGCUGAUAAAGGGCAUCUCGGACAAGAUCCAAACUGGCGAGAUGCGGAGGAUUCGAGUGCUGCUACAAGACUUCACCAAUUCCUAUCGACGACGGAAUGUGGCCCCGCGGGAGGGCCUCGGGAGACUCGAAGCAACCCGGUUCCGGUUCAGUGGCUAGUCAACUGGCUACUUAUGAUCUACCUCGCCGGCUGAUGCUGCCUGACGCGAACGAAUUCUGUAUUCAGAAUUAUCAAAGUCUGCACUGACCCAGUGGUCACUUCUGUUAUGAUUAAGGUAAGAUAUCAAUAGGAACGGUGAAAGAAAUAUAGACAGUAUGCCCCUCCUUGAGGCGGACGCGUUCUCUCUCACAGAUCGAGGAUCAGUGUCUUCCCCUCAUGGCACGUACGAUGCUGGGAGGCGGUAGAGGUGAACACAUGAGAUGACGGCGGUGAUAUCAGA